UAAAGUCAAUAUACUAUGACAACCCUCAAAACAAACGAGUGCAUCGUGUGUAAAAACGUGCUGGCUUAUCUUGAGCCAUUUCGAUUGACUUCAAGUAACUUCUGUAGUAUAAGAGUGCACUCACUUCUUGGCCCAUUCACUUGUUACUACUGUAGUACACAGUAACGUAACUCUCCAACCAGUUAGACUUAAAAGAUCAAAUUGUUAAUUUUAAUAUUUUUAAUUAGGAAUAAUGAGUGGUUUGGUGAAGAUGAGUGAGAUUCUAGUGGUGUUGGUGUGCGUGAUUGGUCUUCGGAUGUGCACGACAAAUCUCUUCGAAACCAUAGACCAAAAGUACCACCUAGUCAACGAGGCUUACUCCGUAGCCAAGAACCUCUUCAACCAAGGGCGGUCCAACUACCAUGGCCUGAAGAACAAGAGUCUCCACACCAUAAACACGUUUCUAGAUCUGGUCCAGAUCAUGAAUGAGGAGAUGGCCAGAGAGCUGAGGAGCGCCGUCGUGAAGUUCUACAAGAUUAAAUACUUUUACGAUUUCACUAAUUAUGUGAUAUCGCUUGAAGAGAUGAUAGAUAUAACCGAGCACUGCCUCGUGGAACCAGCGGAGAAGCUGACCCAGAUCCGGGAGCAGUUCCUCCGCGUCAUCAAGAACUUCGAGGACGUCCGGCACUUCGACACCGUUAACAAGUGCCACAAGGAGCUGCCGGACGAGGUCGCUGCCACGCACUGCAUCCUGCACCAGGCUGUUCUCUUCAACGAAACAAUGCAAGAGAGUCUCGUCACGAUCGUGGAAAUAAAAACCCGGCAACAUGCCCAGGAUAUGAACAGCUCCCUCUACAACGUCCAGAAGUGUCUCCGGGACUUCGUGCCGAAAUUCUUCGACCAGCUGCUCCUGGACGCGUAUACAGACAACUGCGGGUACCUGAGGGUAGUCAACGCGUCCAUUGCUGACCUGGUCAAGGACAAAUGGAGGGAUAAUGUCACUCUGUUCACGGAGAAGUGGAGCCCGCUCGUUACACUGCUGAAGGAACGGUCUCAACCACCGCAAUCGCUACAAGAUCCGUUGUUCUUAACGCUCUUUGCUGCAAACUUGUCUUCCUUGGACAUCUUCAAAACCCUGUAUUAGUGAAAAAUAUUGAAAUAUUAAUAAGGAGCAAGAGAAAGACAAUUACUUAUUGUGUAUGAUCAUAAAAAUAUAAGUCGUACCUAUUUUGUUACAUUUAAAAGUGUCGUAUAAAUUCUGUGUUCAAGCUUCCUUAGAAUUAAGUAAUGUAAAAUACUUAUGUAAGCAAUAGUGUAUUUUUG